ACAUUUGAACUGAGAAUCGAUGUUGGCAGGGGACACGGCCGACGACUGCACCAGCACCGCCUGCCUUGCUCGUUCUCCUUUUCCUUCCUAGUUCCUUUUCUUCGUCCUCACCAACCACCACCACCACACCCCCCUGUUGUUUCCUCUUGAUUGUUCGGUUUGUUUUACAAGUUCCUUGCUUGCGUCGCCAGCAAGCAAUCCUCUUUCCUCCCCCUUCCAUACCCGAGGGGGAGUACCGCUACCGCGCCACGCUGCCGCCACCGUCAUCCGGGCGGCCACCCCGCCAAACGCCAUUUCGCUCCGCCCGCUUCGCAUCUCCCUCGCCCCCCACCCCAACCACUCCCCUCGUUCCGCCCGCGUCACCCGACUCAAUCCGAUUCUAUCCGCCCGCACCGCAACCCGCCGGCGCCGCCCGAGAUCCCGCCCCCAGGGUUCCGUCCCGUGUGAUGCGCGGAUCUGGCUGAGGGCGAGCCAUGCCGAGCGUCGGCGUGAAGAUCUACAGCGUCUUCUUCAAGCUCUUGCUCCGCCACCGCCUCCAGUCGCUGGCCUCCGCGGGGGGCCUCGACAACGCGGCCUUCGGGGUCUCCUGCCGCCCCGACGAGGCCACCGCGCCGCCCAACCCGGCCUUCUCCGCCGCCGCCGACGGCGUCGCCUCCAAGGACCUCCACAUCGACCCCAACUCCUCGCUCUCCGUCCGCAUCUUCCUCCCGACGCCCCCGCCCCCGCACGCGCACCCGCGCCGCGCCAGCGACCCCACCCCGACCGCCCCCGCCGCUGGCGCGCCGUACCGAGGCUACCUCCCGCACGCCGUAGCCUCGCCGCGCGCCGCCGCGUCGGCGCGCCGGAGGCUGCCCAUCGUCGUGCAGUUCCACGGCGGCGGCUUCGUCACCGGGAGCAACACCGCCGCGGCCAACGACGCCUUCUGCAGGAGGGUCGCCAAGCUCUGUGAUGCCAUUGUCGUCGCCGUGGGAUACAGGCUUGCGCCAGAGAGCAGAUACCCGGCCGCGUUUGAGGACGGGGUCAAGGUGCUCAAGUGGAUUACCAAACAGGCAAAUCUCGCCAUGAUGACCAAGGUCAGGGGUGGUGUGGACACCUUCGGUGCGUCCACUGUUGAGCCGUGGAUUGCUGCACAUGGUGAUCCAGCUAGAUGUGUUCUACUUGGUGCAAGCUGUGGUGCAAAUAUUGCUGAUUAUGUCACUCGGAAGGUGGUCGAAGAUGGGAAACCAUUUGACCCAGUUAAGGUUGUUGCACAAGUCCUGAUGUAUCCCUUUUUCAUAGGGAGUGUUCCAACACACUCGGAAAUAAGGCUUGCGAACUCAUACUUCUAUGACAAGUCCACAUGUUUACUUGCUUGGAGAUUAUUUUUGUCAGAUAAAGAGUUCAACCUAGACCACCCUGCUGCCAACCCUCUGGCGCCUGGCAGAGGAGGCCCUCCACUGAAGUGCAUGCCGCCGACCUUAACGGUUAUUGCCGAGCAUGACUGGAUGAGGGAUCGAGCAAUUGCUUACUCUGAGGAACUCCGCAAGGUUAAUGUUGACUCGCCGGUUCUUGACUACAAGGAUACAGUUCACGAGUUUGCAACCCUGGACGUAUUCCUAAAAACACCACAGGCGCAGGCCUGUGCCGAGGACAUUGCCAUAUGGAUGAAGAAAUAUAUAUCCCUCAGAGGGCAUGAGUUCUCAUAUUAGUUGUAGCAAAAACCAUGCAUUGUGAAAUAGGCCCUUUGCAGGGAAGCGUCAAUGUGUUCUUUUCAACUGGUGGAAAGAGGGAUGUUGGAUUGCAGUCGGGUAAACCAGCUAGCUUAAUGCUGAGUACUGAGUCCUUUAGGCCCUGUUCGGUUUCACCGGAAUAGACCAGGAUUUAUUCCAGCUCAUCAAAAUCUAUAUAAAUUAGAGAAGUAAUCCGGCUAGGAAUCAAUCCGAGGCUCAAAUCCAUAACAACCGAACAGAGCCUUAGUGAUUUUUGUGGAAGAAUGUAGUGUGCAAAGUUGUAGACUGUAAUCAAAAGAUACUCUUCCCCUUGUAGAGCUUAAUUCUUUCAUUCCUUUUGUACCCUUUGUGUAUUUUGGAAUUACUGGUGCUGGGGGUUACCAUUUUUUGAGAAGAAAUAGCAAUCUCAGUGGCCAUACUUGUGGAGCACUGAGCUCCACACAACGACAUGUAACCUGAUCGUUCA